CCCAUCACGCACCGGAUUCAACGGUUCCACAAUCCAACGGCUCAUCUCCCUCCAUUCACGAGAAUCUAAGACCCUUCACCAACUUCAAAACCCAAUCUUAGCCCUCCAUUUCCCCUAAGAUUCUCCACUACUCUCCAUCCGACGGUCAUCCCACCAACUACAGUAUCUCACAAAGCGGUUAUGUAAGAAACAGCAACAACAAGAAUCAAAACCAAAACACACAGCCAAAAAGCCAUUUCUCGGACGGAGAAAUUCGAGAACAGCUCCGGCCAUGGAGAAGGAGAGGGAGCACCUUGUUUACUUAGCCAGACUUGCAGAACAGGCUGAGAGAUAUGAUGAAAUGGUGGAAAUGAUGAAGAACGUCGCAAAGUUGGACGUGGAACUUACUGUGGAGGAGAGGAACCUGGUGUCUGUGGGGUAUAAGAACGUUAUUGGGGCAAGAAGAGCCUCAUGGCGUAUUUUAUCUUCUAUUGAACAAAAGGAGGAAGGAAAGAAGAACGAGGUUAAUGUGAAGAGAGUAAAAGAGUACAGGCAAAGGGUUGAAGAUGAACUGGCGAGAAUUUGCCAAGAUAUCUUAACUGUUGUCGACAAGCAUCUUAUUCCAUCUUCAUCGUCUGGAGAAUCCAAUGUUUUUUACUAUAAGAUGAAGGGGGAUUAUAACCGAUACUUAGCGGAGUUUAAAUCUGGCCCUGAACGUGAAGAAGCUGCAGACCAGUCGAUGAAAGCCUAUGAGUCUGCUUCAAGCAUUGCAAGUUCUGAUCUGCCUCCAACACAUCCCAUCAGACUUGGCUUGGCGCUUAACUUUUCUGUUUUUUACUAUGAGAUAUUGAAUUCCCCAGAGAGGGCAUGCCACCUUGCUAAACAAGCUUUUGAUGAAGCCAUAGCUGAACUUGAUGGCCUCAAUGAAGAUUCCUACAAGGACAGUACCCUCAUUAUGCAGCUGCUGAGGGAUAAUCUCACAUUAUGGACCUCAGAUCUCCCAGAUGAGGGAGGUGAGCAAUCUAAAGCUGCUGAUGAACCUUGAGCAGAGGCAACUAGCAAGAUAUUUGAAUGUCUUCGGUCAGCCGAUGGACAUUUUUUUAAGUACUUCCUUGGAACAAUUAUUUACUAGCCAUAUAUAUAUAUUGCACAGCUAAUUACUGCUGACAUGGUUCUAGGAGGCAGAACUUAUAGCUGUGUCACUUGUCUUGCUUAUCAGUAGUGUAUCAGAACAGUAAUCUGUUAUCACCUUGUAACCAUUACCUUUAAAAAUUAAGUGAAUCCGUUUAGUUUGAGAGUUAUUAGCUA